AUGUCGCAAUCCUUACUGGAUUCUCCCACCUGGGAGUCGGCAGAGGUCGAGCCCAAGUCCAAAUGGCUCGGCGACGCAUUGAUGCAGCGUGAAGACUGUAGGAUUCUUUGCCUCUUGAAUGAGAUCCGCUCUAUGGGAUGGAGCUCGAAUACGGUCGACCGCCACUUUCGUGAACAGAGGUUCAAUUCUGACCACGUCAAACACGAGAAUACGGACCUGAACUGGUGCAAGAUUAUGUACGAUAGCCUCCAGUAUAUGGACCUCGCAAACGGCCGUUUUGUACGCACCGAGAGGUUUCUGGACCUUGGAUCCAAUCCUGGCGGUUACGCCUCGUAUAUUCUACGCACAUGCCCAUAUGCUACCGGAGUGGGUAUAUCCCUACCUAUCGAAGACGCUGGUCAUGGGUGUGCUAUCCCCGGUCCGCUCCGUUCGCGGAUCAACAUCCACGAACUGGACCUCACUUUAAUUGAUCUUGCUCCUACCAAACCCAAGCCCGGUACAUCGCAUAUUUCCGGCUCUCGAGCACUCGCUCUUCACCUAUCACCUUUCCCCUUUCGUCCACAUGAGUUCGAUUUUAUUGUUUGCGACGCUCAUCACCUGCGCUUGCACCCCGACAAUGCAAUCCGCGCAUGGAACUGGAACCGUAUCUUAAUUUCCCAAAUCCUGCUCGCUCUGCGCGCUGUUCAGCCAGGAGGGACCAUCUUCCUCAAGCUUUCGUGUGUUGAGCGAGCUUUAACCGCCCGCAUCCUGAUCGCCUUUACUCGCAUUGCUGGUUAUACCCACACCGUCAAGUCCAAGCUUCUACACCGCAAGCGGGGCUCAUUCUAUCUUCUAUCCAAGGGGAUAAAAACUCACACUUCUGCCUAUCGCCUCCUUGUAGACGGCCUCCAAAAUCUUUGGUACAUUAUGACAUUUGGAGGUCCUCAAGGGUUUGGUCGCGACAUGACCUGGGAUGAACAGGAUUUGAUUACCCCCUGGGACGAAGUGAUGAAACCUGCCGGAGUUAAUCACAUUGCUCGUCUUGGCAAGCCCAUGUGGAAUAUUCAGUAUUAUGCAUUGUUAAAGUUCUUAAAAGAACAAGGGGUUAUUUAUGAUGACUCAGACUGUGAUGACUCGGCGUGA